AUGGUGCAUUCCAAACCCGAGGAACCCACAGGCUCAACGGCCGAGACACCGGCAAUGGGUGCGGAGGAGCCGAAACUAGGGCAUCCCUCUUCUCCCUCAAACGCCCAUGAACGAACCUCAACGACCGCCGACUUGAAGGGGAAAGCAGAUGAGUCAGACGAAGAAGAAUGGUGGCCGCGCAUCAAGACGGGGACCGAGGAGCCCAAGCAAACUGCAAAGUCUGACGAAACAGAUGAAGCAGGCGAGACCGAAGAAACAGAAGCCGAGACCCCCAAGAUGACGCACGACUCAAUGGUCACUGUUAGGCUCUCUGAGCCGCCAUCUCUGAGUCUCGAUACCACGGCCGUCACACCCGGUGCCGAACCGGUAACGCCCACCUCACCCAUUGAAGAAGAGACAUCAACAGAUGCCGACAACGACAGUCUCGAAAAGAAAGAACAUACCGAAACUCGUGACAGUCUUAUGAGAAUACCUCGAGUCUCAGCACCUAUACAAUCACCAACCGACGCUAACCGUACUCUCCAAGACGAACUCGGCCUGUAUGGUGUGGAUGGUAAUGAAACUGAUUCAUCCGAGGAUAACGAAGAAGUGAAUUGGGAGCAGCUUGAAAAAACCGAGGACGAACAAAUGAAGGAUGAGGAAACGGACAACUCCACUGCUCUUCUCCUGGCACGUCUGGAACAGGAAAAUGCAAAGUUGGCUACUAACCCGAAGAGCGUCAAAGUUCAGACUGUGGAAAAGCUCUCGUCGACAAAACCCCGGCCGCCGUCCAUGGCGCAACUGAGAAAAAUGGUCAGCGGCCCAACGCCAGCUGCCCUACGAUACUCCAUGCUGCCCCCUCCCCCAAUGACCGAUUUGGAAUUUUAUGCGGCUCUUGUCAAAGAUUACCAGCAAACGGCAGCUCGUCUGCCAACUCUCUUGUCUAACAAAAUUCGCAAGGGUAUCCCGCCUCCAUUGAGAGGCGUCGUAUGGCAGAGCAUGUCAGGUGCUCGUGACUCAGUUCUCGAGGAACAAUACGAACGUUUCUGUGGCGAAACUAGCCCAUAUGAGCUCCUCAUCGGCAAAGACCUUGGUCGAAGUUUCCCUGGAGUUGAUAUGUUCCGUGACCCCGAUGGCGACGGGCAACGUAUGUUGGGCAGAGUACUGAAAUCCUUCAGCCUGUACGAUACAAAGAUAGGCUACUGCCAGGGGCUGGCAUUUCUUGUUGGGCCUCUGUUAAUGCAUAUGCCCGACAAACAGGCGUUUUGCGUACUAGUUCGUCUCAUGGAGAAGUACGAUCUACGAGAAUGUUUCCUGCCUGACUUGUCUGGAUUACACGUUCGCAUAUACCAGUUUCGCGAACUUCUUCGGCUGAACAUGCCUGCGUUAGCUGAUCAUCUUGACGAGCUCCAAGUAGAGACAGCAUAUGUUUCGCAGUGGUUCCUCAGCUUCUUUGCCGUGACAUGCCCUUUGCCGAUGCUAUUCCGAAUCUACGACGUCAUCUUUGCUGAGGGGGCCUCUGAGACUUUGAUGCGUGUUGCACUAUCGCUCAUGAGAAAGAAUGAAACGCGCCUUCUGGCGUGUACAGAGCUGGAAGAUGUAAUGCAGCUUCUUCUAUCUCGAGGACUAUGGGACUGCUACCACUACAAUGCGGAUGAGUUUGUGCAGGAUUUCGCCAGCUUGAGUGGCGUCGUCACUAGAGAGAGGUUGUCACAGCUAGCGCAAGCAUACAGGGAGUCCCUAAUUGCAACAGCUAAUGCUGCACGAAUGUCCGACAUUACGACUGCUGCCAGCCGUUUCCUUGGUCGCAUCUGGGCCGCAUCAAGCAAGAAUGGCAGCUUAGCCCCAGCUUUGAUAGCCGGUCCUGCUCGACCGCUGAGUAUGCUUCGCCGCAGUACCUCUAAGCAAAGCAUAGCUUCGACGCUCAACUCCAUGGAAGCAAGCUCUAUAAGCGUUGUGAGCACCGCAUCCACAGAUGCAUCUACAAUCUCCCGAGACUCCGCAAAUGGUGACGACGAGCCAUCAAGCCGAGAAUCGACCCCGGUUGGCCCGAAAACUAUGGCCAAUACCAAAACUACGGAAGAGAGAUAUCUACACAGUCAAAUCGAGGAUUUGUUGACGGCUCUAAGCGAAUUGCAGAGGAAUCAUGCGCUUCUUUCUAAUCAGCUGCAAUCCGAACGAGAAGAGCGGGAGGAGGACAGAAGGACUGUUCGGUCACUUCUAGAUGGCUUGCGUAAAAGGGCAGUUAAUCAUGAUGAAGCGAAGGGCCAAGAAGAGAUAAUACCGCAACUGGGGACUGAGGAAGAAGAGCCCCCCAUCAUCGCAAUGGAAGAUGAUGAUGCGACACCCACAAUAGAGGAUCCGGUGCUGGAGCCAAAAUCCACAGCCGAGGACGGUGACAGCGAAGAUGCGCCAUCAACGGAAGAUAUGAAAGAGCUUUUGGACAGAGUCGAGAGUCGCUUCGCGACCGAUGACGGAAACAGAAAGCAUCGAUCGUCAAUGCUUCAAUCCAAGCCCCAGCUUCGUGAAGAGCUACUCAACACCAAGGGUCAACUUGCCAGCGCUGUAUCACACUCUCAAGAGCUUAGUCGCCGAAUACACGAAAUGGAUCAGGAACUCUCCUCUUUGAGGGAGCAACUACGCGAAAGACAUGGGCAUGUGAGGACGUUGCAUCAAGACAAACAGCGAUUGGAGAAGCAGAUUCAUGGUAUGAGAGCCAGAAUUUCCAGCAGCUCUGUAUCAGAGCCUAAUAAUCGAGAUGCCGAUCCAGAUUGGGUGGGGAAGGGCAAGAAUGGCGGCUUAAGGGAAUUCAAGCUUGGCCGAAGCAAAUCAACGCCGCAGGCUCCUGGUUAUUGUAAAAGAAUCUCGUCUCUGCCCCAAAAUCCCGAGUCUGUAAUCGCUGCGGGCUCAGGAGUGGCGACACCGCCAAAUGAACACGAGGCAUUACUUCUCGAGCUCGUCCAAGCCAAAACAGCUGAGGCGACAGCGAAGCAAGAGGCUGAAGAGGCCAAGCAAAAGCUAGAGGCUCUCCGAAAAGCACACGUUGUACCAUCGUCAGAGUCUCAUGCUUCUUCACCUGGCUCGGCCUCUCUUGGGGUUUUCGGUCGACUCACCGGACAAGCAACGACGCCACCUGCCGAAAAUAACCUUAAACCAACAGCGGCCACUGCUGGUACGUCCCCUAACACAGGAGGAUUCUGGGGAUGGAGGAGAUGA